AUGUCUCGUCUGGCGGAUCGAGCUUCGACCCAGCUGACCGAGUCAGCAGGUUGGAAUUUCAUCUGGUCUCGAGGGACAUCUUCAUGUCAACAAGUUAACGUGACUAUACUCGGCGGCAAUCCACCAUGGAGUUUGGUACUGGCUCCUAUCGGUGGUCGGCCGGUCUUUUGGGAUAUAGCCGUGCCUACCGAUUACGACCCUUUACUGGCUAGUUAUGUCAAUAUACCGGUUCCUUUCCCUUCCGGAACUGAAUACAUUGUCUUUGGGUACGACGGGACCGGAGUCUGGGCCGAUCACGAUCUGUCCACAGAACUACAGGUGGUCGGGACGGGGAAUGACAAGUGUUUUUCAGACACCGUUUUUCGACCGCGUGAUUUCUCCUUUUCUGUCUCAGGUCAGAUUGAAUCUUGUUCCACAGGCUCGCAUGGUUUCGAGGUAUCGUGGGAUGAUGAGAUGGGGGAAGGACCGUAUAAUAUGACCAUCUUGUCACUUGACGCGUCUUAUCCGCCUUUUGAUGUGCCACUUAUUGGAGGACGAAGUACGAUAGGGGAUGAUAGCUGGAAUGUCAACAUGACAACGGGAACGAGAUUCACAAUAAUGAUGAAUAAUGGACUAGGACGUGGACGUGGGGGUAUGGGAGAGAUUUACCAAGUGCAAGGAUCCAAAACAUCCUGUCUCUCUUCAAUCGCUCCUUCGGAUACCGUCCACUCAACAUCCGCCUAUGUCCCUCUUCCGCCAACAAAGGUCAUAACGAACUCCCCUGUCAGUCCUGUCGACGGGGAAACAUCCAGUGCAAAUUCCAAUCGUGGUCGUCUGGUGUCCGACACACCCGCUCGUGAUAAUGUUACUUCGACAUCCAUUUCUUAUGAUGACUCCGGUUCUCCAAACGGUCUUUCCACAGCCGCGGCAGCAGGUAUCGGAGCUGCAGUCGCUACCGCCGUCCUUCUCAUCGGAAUUGCUUUCAUCGGUUAUUAUCUCCAUAAACGACCAUCGGCUCCCAGUGGCGGAUUGAGCAGGUACAAUGCUGUCGAUUUGAUCGAUUCUCGAGGUCCACGUCCAUUCGGUGUGAACAGUAUUGAGCCUCGGAUUGAGCCUUUUCGAACAAGCAACACCAACAGUCCUCCAAGUCUUCGUCGGCUUAGCACUUCCAGAUCUCCUACUUGUUCACCGGGAGGAUAUUCCGAGACAAUACUACGACCACUACCAACUUCCCCUUCCUCCCCAUCCCACGUAGCUCAAUGCGAUCCUCAUGUAGGAAGUCCGACUUCACCGAGUCAACAUUCGGCCGUCCGUAAUCCUAGAAUAUCACAAAAACGACCAGACGCCAGGUCCAUGUCAAUUUCCAGUCAAAUAUCCCGUACGUCCGUCUUGAGAUCUUCAGCAUCUUCCUCUACACCAAUGUUAUCAACCAUGGAAUCACUCAAACUUGCCGCCUUGGAAAAAUCUCCUCGAGCGUCGAUGCAAGAAAGAAGACGAUCCGAGGAGCCUCGACGGCCACCAUCAGAAUCAGAGCCGGAAUAUAGGAGACACACCGAUGCCGGAGUCUCGUUGGAUGGGGAAAGAAGGGUGAUCGACUUGCCUCCGUUGUAUGAUGAUGUCCCCCGACAAUGA